AGAAUGACGAAUAAAGAAAAGCCAAUCAAGCAUCUCGUGAUUGACACGUGCGCAAUCAUUGCCAAUCGCAAUCUUCAUGCCCUGGCUGAUCAUUAUUAUGCUCCACCUCAAAUCUUGGACGAACUACGCUCAUCUGCAGCACGAAAACUGUGGAAUACUCUUCCAUUCGAAGUGACACUCCGUGAGCCAACACAGACAGCAUUGAGAGCUGUUAUUGAUGCAUCAAAGACUACUGGAGACUUUCAAUCUCUAUCAAUGGUUGAUAUUAAAAUGAUUGCGUUGACUUAUGAUCUACAUAGACAAUAUGUUGCUGAAAAUGACGUUGCUGAGACUACAGAAGAUGAUGAGAAGAAGAAUAUUGAGGAUUUAAGUGCGAAAGUUGAACAAGUUACUGUUGGAGAGAAUACGGAAGAUACCAAGGAAGAAGAGAUCGAGGAAAAUGAGGAAAGUGAAGAUUCAGCUGUUUCUGAAGGCUCGGAGAGCUCUGAGAGCUCCGAGAGCUUCGAUGAGGACGGCUGGAUCACGCAGGACAAUAUUGAAGAAACUCUCAAAAAACUUGGAGCUUUUGAAAUCGAGGAGAACAUGCUUGUCGGCUGCCUGACCACUGAUUUCGCUCUUCAAAAUGUGCUUCUCGCAAUGAAUCUGAGCCUCGUCUCGUUGUCUGGCUACCGUAUUCGCAAGCUUAAAUCGUUCGUGCUCCGCUGUCGGACUUGCUUCUCGACGACAAGUGUUAUGACGAAGGAAUUCUGUCCGGCGUGUGGACAUAAGACCCUGCAUAAGUGUGCCGUAUCCGUCGACGAGGAUGGAAAUCAACAGCUUCAUAUCAAUUGGAAUCGAAUGGCAAAUCGACGUGGCCUAGUCUACACAUUGGCCAAUCCAAAAGGUGGAAAACACGCAACAAAUGAGCGCCUUUUCGAAGAUCAACCAAUGCCUCACAUGAGAAUGGCAAAAAUUCAUAUGGAUCCACUUGCGGAUGGCCCAUUUUCUGUGCAUGACGUCACUUCUAGAUCUGCAAUGCUCGGAGUUCGAACAAUCAAUAAUCGUGCCAAGCAGAACCGCAAUCCGAAUGAGUCGAAACGUGGCGGAAGAAGGAAAUAAUUUUUGAAUUUGAUUUUUUUUUGUUAUUCUAAUCCUCUUCCUUGUUACUUCUUGUUUCUGUUCUUUUUAUUAAUCUGCAAAGAUUUGGAAAAAAAAUUGAUUUUUGUUAUUUU